AUGAAGGCCCUUUUACCAUUAAUGUUUCUGUUUUUUGUUAGUUCUCCAGGUUGGGCAAAAGAUAGGCACUACAGCAUAGGCAUCAAAGAAACCACUUGGAACUAUGCUCCUACUGGUAAAAAUAUGCUCAAUGGGAAGCCUUUUUCAGAAGAUCAAGAGUUUCAGUCCUAUGUAUAUCUACAACGAGGCCCAAACAGGAUAGGAUCUGUUUAUAAAAAGGCUUUGUAUUUUCAGUAUACUAAUGACACAUUUCAGACGAUCAUUGAAAAACCAUCCUGGUUGGGAUUUUUAGGUCCAAUAAUUAAGGCAGAGACUGGAGACUUCAUUUAUGUACAUGUAAAAAAUUUUGCUUCAAGAAUCUAUAGUUUCCAUCCUCAUGGACUCAGCUACACUAAAGAAAAUGAAGGUGCUCUCUAUCUUGAUAAUACUACGGGCCGGCAAAAGGAAGAUGAUCGCCUGGAGCCAGGGGCACAAUAUACUUACAAGUGGUAUGUAGAAGAAAAACAGGGGCCUGGCCCCAAUGACAGUAACUGUGUGACACGGAUUUACCACUCCCAUGUAGACACUCCAAAAGAUGUGGCUUCCGGUCUUAUUGGACCAAUUCUGACUUGUAAAAGAGGCACACUGGAUGGAGACACCGAAAAAAAUAUCGACAGGUCUUAUGUUUUGAUGUUAUCUAUAACUAAUGAAAACAAUAGCUGGUAUAUUGAUGAAAACAUUAAGAAGUAUACUGAAUCCGGCAAAGUAAAUACUAGUGAUCCUGACUUCCAGGAGAGCAAUCAGAUGCACUCAAUAAACGGAUACAUGUAUGGAAAUCUGCCCAAUCUCACCAUGUGCUCAGAGGACAGGGUCAAGUGGUACAUUGUUGGCAUGGGUGGUGUGCUGGACACACACCCCCUCUAUCUGCAUGGACAAACUCUGAUAUCUCGGAAUCACAGGAAGGACACCAUCACCGUCUUCCCUGCCUCGCUGGAAGAUGCCUUCAUGGUGGCCAAGGGCCCUGGAGUAUGGAAGCUGGGAUGCCAGAUAUAUGGUAGGGAUUUAUUACAUAGCAUGCAGGCCUUUUUCAAUGUAAUGAAUUGCCACAAACCUUCAAUAGAUGUUACUGGGACACGUAUUAUACGUUACUAUAUUGCUGCUGAAGAAAUUGUUUGGAACUAUGCUCCAUCUGGUAUAAAUCUCUUUACUAAAAAAAAUUUAACAGCCGCUGGAAGUGAAUCCCAGGUAUAUUUUGAAAAAAGCCCAACCAGAAUUGGAGGAUCUUACAAAAAAAUAGUUUACCGUGAAUACACAGAUGCUUCCUUCCGAACACAGAAGGCAAGAGAAAAGCACCUUGGAAUCCUUGGCCCUGUCAUUAAGGCAGAAGUGGGACAGACCAUCAAGAUCACUUUUUAUAACAAUGCUUCCCUGCCACUCAGCAUCCAUCCUCAUGGACUACGUUACAACAAGAGCAACGAGGGCUCAUUCUACGAAACACCUGGAGGAGGUAAAUCUCACAGUAUCCCUCCACCCUCCUCACAUGUAAAUCCUGGCAUGACAUUUGUCUAUACAUGGGAAGUUCCAAGAGAUGUAGGUCCUACCUCCGUGGAUCCCAACUGCCUGACUUGGUUAUACUAUUCCUCAGUAAAUAUGACAAUAGACAUCAACACUGGCCUUGUAGGGCCUCUUGUUGUGUGCAGAAAUGGAAGUCUCGGAGAGGACGGCAAACAGAAGGGAAAAGACAAAGAGUUUUACCUGCUCGCCACAAUAUUUGAUGAAAAUAAAAGUUAUCUCUUAGAUGAAAAUAUCAGAACAUUCACUACAGAGCCUGAAAAUGUGGAUAAAGAGGAUCCAGACUUCCAAGAGUCUAACCAGAUGCACUCCAUAAAUGGAUACAUGUACGGAAAUCUGCCUGGACUGGAUAUGUGCUUAGGAGACAACAUUUCAUGGCAUGUUCUUAGUGUGGGAUCAGAAAAAGACUUACAUGGAAUAUAUUUUUCAGGAAAUACCUUCACUUCCUUAGGAUCAAGGGAUGACACCAUCCCUCUGUUUCCCCACAUUUCCCAGACACUUUCUAUGACACCAGAUUCCUUAGGAACUUUUAAUGUGGUUUGCAUGACAACAGAGCACUAUCUAGGAGGCAUGAAACAUAAAUACCACGUGAGGCAGUGUUCGGAGGCAAACCCUGAUCAAACACAGUAUGAGGAAGAGAAAACCAUUUAUAUCGCAGCCAAGGAAACUGAGUGGGAUUAUUCUCCCAGCAGGAAGUGGGAGAAACAACUGCAGCAUUUACAAGGAGAGAACAAAACAAACAUAUAUUUGGAUAAAAUAUAUCUUGGGUCCAAAUACAAGAAAGUCAUAUACCGUCAGUAUGAUGAUAUCACAUUUACGAAUCAAACAAAAAGAAGUGAAGAUGAAAAACAUCUGGAUAUACUAGGUCCUAUAAUAUUUCUCACUCCUGGUCAAAAACUCCGAAUUAUCUUUAAAAAUGAAGCCUCAAGACCAUAUUCAAUUCAUGCUCAUGGAGUGAAAACAAACUAUUCCACUGUUGUUCCAACACAGCCAGGAGAGAUCCAAACAUACAUUUGGCAGAUUCCUGAAAGAGCUGGUCCUGCCUCAGAAGACUUUGAGUGCAUACCUUGGUUUUACUAUUCAACUGUGGAUGUAGUUAAGGAUCUUAACAGUGGACUGGUAGGUCCUUUGAUAGUAUGUCGCAAAAAUGCCAAUGCCACCUUAGUUCACCGUGUUCUCCACUUCAUGAUUUUUGACGAGAACAGAUCCUGGUACUUUGAAGAAAACAUCAAUACCUAUUCUUCAGAACCAAACGAAGUAGACAGGAAUGAUGAAACUUUUUACCUCAGCAACCAAAUGCACGCAAUUAAUGGAAGAAUGUAUGGAAACAACCAAGGUCUGACGUUCCAUGUUGGGGAUGAAGUGAAUUGGUAUCUGAUUGGCAUGGGGAGUGAAUUUGACCUGCACACGGUUCACUUUCAUGGCCACAGCUUUGAAUACACGGAUGCGGGACUGUAUCGCUCUGAUGUUUAUGACCUUCCUCCUGGAGUAUAUCAGACUGUAAAAAUGUAUCCAAGAGAUGUUGGCACCUGGUUAUUUCAUUGCCAUGUUAGUGUUCACAUUGAGGCUGGAAUGGAAAGCACCUACACUGUAAUCAGAUGAAAAGCAUAAAUAUCCUUCUGAUAUGAAGAUAGUCCAUGAGCAGACCUACAGUGGCUGAAGAAGAAACACCAGGGAUGAAGGAAUCUAGAAGGGCCUGAUUGAAGACUUUCAUGGCAAUCUACUAGGGAAACUGGCUGGAAAUAAACUUUUUUGGCCAACUUUGUAUGUG